AUCAACGUUGAUGGCGGAGACUCCAACGCUCGGAUUCUAAAAAAUGUCUUUGUUAGCCUCCUCACACACAUAUCUACAAAGACUCUUCACUAUCAACCUCUGCUCUCCCAAAUCUCACUCUUCUUCAACUCUUCUUCCCAAAAACUCUCUCUCUCUAAGACCCAUCACCACCUUAUCUCCCCUCUCCGCUCACUUGUCAUACUCUCGCUCCUCCUCUGCCGCCGCCGCCACCACCAGCACCACCGCAAUGGGUGACGCCGCCACCGACGCAGGCAUGGACGCUGUCCAGAGGCGUCUCAUGUUCGAAGACGAAUGUAUUUUGGUGGAUGAGAAUGAUCGUGUUGUUGGCCAUGACACGAAAUACAACUGUCACUUGAUGGAAAAGAUUGAAUCUGAAAAUUUGCUACACAGAGCUUUCAGUGUAUUUUUGUUUAACUCAAAAUAUGAGUUACUCCUUCAGCAACGGUCUGCAACAAAGGUCACAUUCCCUCUGGUGUGGACAAACACCUGCUGCAGCCAUCCGCUAUAUCGAGAAUCAGAGCUUAUUGAUGAGAAUGCCCUUGGGGUGAGGAAUGCUGCACAAAGGAAGCUUUUGGAUGAACUGGGUAUUCCUGCUGAGGAUGUGCCAGUUGACCAGUUCACGCCACUGGGCCGCAUGCUGUACAAGGCGCCAUCUGAUGGCAAAUGGGGAGAGCAUGAACUUGAUUACCUACUCUUCAUUGUCCGAGAUGUUAAUGUGAACCCGAAUCCUGACGAAGUUGCUGAUAUUAAAUAUGUUAACCGGGAUCAGUUGAAAGAGCUUUUGAGAAAAGCAGAUGCUGGCGAGGGGGGUCUGAAGCUGUCCCCAUGGUUCAGGCUAGUUGUGGACAAUUUCUUGUUGAAGUGGUGGGAGCAUGUUGAGAAAGGGACCAUCCAGGAAGCCGCCGAUAUGAAAACCAUUCACAAGCUCAUCUGAAAACAGCAGUCGGCUUGAGGUGAUAUCGUGUCAUGACAUUUCAAGUAGUUUCAUACUAAUAAAUAUGGAGGUGCAGUUCCAACAGAUCAUCUUUGCUGGGUGUGUAGGCAUUUUCUUCUUGUUACCAUAAUCUGUACUGUUCGUGUCUAAACAGAUUUUAAUUGCUUGUUUGUUAAAAAUUGUACUAAGACAAUGUAUUAUAGAUUUGGCUUUAUGCUUUUGAUAAUUCAAAACCAUAUUGUCAUA